AUGCAAGCUGCAACCUGUGACAUCUCCAAGGUGCAGGAGGCGGCCCCCUUGACAGACAAAGGUGUCGAAACCGAAGCCGUCACCUCGGAAAUGAAGCUCACGAUUCACAAAAAAUUCCAGGAUUUUCCCCUUCAACGAUUCGCCGAGGUCUUGGAGUACAUCACUGCGUUGGCA